UGUUUAGUCCUAACCAGUCCAGAACAACUUGAGGUGCUAGAUGCCAAGAGAACUCUAUACAUUGAGUUCAUUGUUGAGGAAGGCAUGUCAUUAUCAACAAACCAUUUAAACGGCUGCGUAUCUUGAUCAAACUAAUUAUAUUGGUCGUAGCGGUUCAGUAAACAGAAGGAAUACGUUCCAAGUUUAACGAGGUUUGGUUUCUUCCAGUUUGACAAGUGGGCAGGACACUGGAUAAAAAAAAAGAACUUAAGAAGAAGUAGCCUAGGCUACGUUAGUUUGGGAAAAGUCUGCGCGAGAUUUCUUUAAGGCGUUGGAAGGUAAAAGAAAGCAAUCAGGGGAACGUAAAACUUGAUGUAGAUAUGAUAGUUGAACCAACCGCAGAAGAAGGAGCGCAAUCGGACUCCAGCAAACCUGCACUGCUCACGACAACAGAAGCGGAGGCGCACGCGGGAAGCGAGCACGCGCCGCUCGGCUCUGACAUCGUCAGCUUCGCCGCAGCUCGUCUGUCUGCCUGUUGUCAUGGAGGAGCCAAGAUGGCGGUCCUGGCCUAUAGCCUAGGCAAACGAGAAAUAAAUCAAUAUUUCAGCAUCAAAAAUGCAAAACUGCUGUCUGUCGCCGCCGUCGUCCUUCUCACUGUGUUCCACACGGCUACUCGUCAUUAUGGAGGCAGUGACACGUGUGACUGGCUUUUAUCCAGUGGGCGUUUUUUAGGGGACAGUGUAUGGCAGCCCUAUGGCUGCAUGCUUCACAAGUACAAAAGCAGUGAAGCAAAGGUUUGCCUCAGAGAGAAGAGAAUAGCAUUUGUAGGAGACUCUAGAAUACGUCAGCUCUUCUAUUCUUUCAUCAAAAUGAUGAACCCUGAGGUGAAAGAAGUUGGGAACAAGCAUGAAAACAUCCCUUUUGUAGAUGGUGAUUCCACUGUCGACUUCCUAUGGUAUGCCGAAGUGAACAAUUCCUUGAAGGGGCAGUUGAUGUUAUGGACAGAGGGAUCUGCUUCCAAACCACAUGUCAUCAUCAUCGGUGCUGCUACGUGGUCCAUUAAGUUGCACAACGGCAAGAGUGAGGCACUCUCUCAGUACAGAGCGAACCUCACGGCUAUAUCAGACACACUGGAAAAACUAGCAGAGCACAGUGAAGUCUAUUGGGUUCUGCAAGAUCCUGUUUAUGAAGACGUGCUAAGUGACAGUCGAAAGAUGAUCACAAAUGAGCAGAUAAAUCUGUACAACGAGGCAGCUGUUAGCACUCUGAAUACCAGCAAAAAGAAAGUCAAGUUUUUAGAGGCCUCUCGACGAGCUGCUAUGGAGACAAUUUCCCAGUCGGUGGAUGGAUUGCACCUCCCUGAGAGCACAAGAGAUGUUGGCGCCAUGGUUCUGAUGAACUCCAUGUGCAAUAAGAUCCUGAAGCCCAUUGACGGCUCUUGCUGUCAGAGCGCUCCUCCCCUAAGCGUCCUUCAGAUGAUAGCUGCUGGUCUCUUUUUGCUCUCCAUCAUCAUCUUGCUCAUCAUGGGCUAUAGUGGACAUCAUAAGAGCAGACACGUUCCUGAUGUGGAGAGCGGAGAGGAGAAGAAACCCCCAGUUGUUGUGGGUCAACUGAACCCUAAGGGACCUUUACUGGCCAUCUGCAAAAUGAGCCUUAUCAUGUUGUACUUCUACCUGUGUGACAGGGCAGACAUUUUUAUGAAGGAGCAGAAAUUCUAUACACAUUCCACCUUUUUCAUCCCUCUCAUCUACAUCUUCGUUCUGGGCAUCUUCUACAGUGAGAACAGCAAAGAGACGAAACUCUUGAACAGAGAGCAAACGGAUGAAUGGAAGGGCUGGAUGCAGCUGGUUAUCCUUAUUUACCACAUUUCUGGAGCUAGCACUUUUAUACCCGUGUACAUGCAUGUCCGUGUCCUGGUAGCUGCGUAUCUCUUCCAAACAGGAUAUGGACACUUCUCGUUCUUCUGGCUGAAGGGAGACUUUGGACUUUACAGAGUGUGUCAGGUUAUCUUCAGGCUUAACUUCCUUGUGGUGGUGCUGUGUCUGGUUAUGGACAGGCCUUAUCAGUUUUAUUACUUUGUGCCUCUUGUCACCUUUUGGUUUGCAGUUAUUUAUGCUACAAUGGCAUUGUGGCCACAGAUUCUUCAGAAGCAAGCCAAUGGUAGUGCAUUCUGGAACCUGGCACUAUUGUUGAAACUUCUGGGUUUGCUUCUUUUCAUCUGCUUCUUUGCAUAUUCACAGGAACUCUUUGAGGCUGUUUUCUCUUUGUGGCCCAUUUCAAGGCUCUUUGAGCUGCAAGGUAGCAUCCAUGAGUGGUGGUUCAGGUGGAAACUAGAUCGAUUUGCCGUGAUCAAUGGGAUGCUCUUCGCCUUCAUAUACCUGGUCCUGCAGAAAUGUCAGCUGCUGUCUGAAGGCAAAGGAGAGCCUCUCUUCUCCAACAAGAUUUCCAACUGUCUGCUCUUUGUCUCUGUGGUGUCUUUUAUUACGUACUCCAUUUGGGCCAGUGGGUGCAAAAACAAGUCUGAGUGUAAUGAGAUGCAUCCAUACAUUUCAGUCGUCCAGAUUCUGGCUUUCAUUUUGAUCCGGAAUAUUCCUGGUUAUGCUCGUUCUUUGUACAGCUCGUUCUUUGCAUGGUUUGGAAAGAUCUCCCUAGAGCUCUUCAUAUGCCAGUAUCAUAUUUGGCUGGCAGCAGACACCAAGGGCAUCCUGGUCCUCAUUCCUGGAAACCCCACUUUAAACAUUAUCGUCAGCACAUUCAUCUUUGUCUGUGUAGCUCAUGAGAUUUCCCAGAUAACCAAUGACUUGGCCCAGGUGGCCAUUCCUAAAGAGAUCGGGCCUCUACUGAAGAGACUGCUGGGAGCAGGAGGCUUUCUAGUGCUGGUACUGAUACGGUCCCAAAAUGAAUAAUCCAGGGCAAUCAGACCGUAGCACAUCUUGUCCGCUGAGGAUCCUAAUGGAGCUGUCUGUAUAAAAUAAAGGAACUUGACAGGCCUAGAACAUUUUUGCCGAGGAGAUUAUCCUGGGAAUUCUUACGCCAUUGGCCUGUUUACAAAACUCAAGCUGGAACCGAAGCCAAGGACCUCAGAUGAUCAAAUAAGGAUUCUUAAAGCAGGAUGUUUGCAGUAGACAAAUAAUACAUCCUGUGUGCAGAUAACAGGUAAACCUGUGCUCUGUCCUCUCAUAGACCUGAGAUGUAUUUUAUGGACGGUAUUUAAAAAUAUAUGUUAAUAUUUUUUACAGUGGUAUGUGUUUGUGUGUCCUCAUUGUCUCCCAGUUUUCAGUUUUUGUUCACAGCGCCCACGACCGCAAAAUGUCUAGGAGUAAUACAUUCCUGUCCCUCAGCUUGUAAAUCUGUCAGAACUACAUUGGCUUAGGCAACAACUAUUUCCAUAAAAAACACAAUUUACAUUCAUAUCACACCAGCAGCUCUAUCCUUUAGGUGAACAGCUUCUUUUGAAAAUGAAACAUUUGAAUUAUCGAAAGGUAAACAUCCAUUUAUGUGCCAUCAUAAAAAACUCAAACGAUGGUAGUGAAUUUGUUCGCACUACUAAUGGAAUCCAUAAGCACUGCUUCAAUCAGAAUGUUUUCCAGAAGUUGAUUGUUUGCUGAGUUAAUUUUGGGUGGAUGAGGGAGGAACCGCUUUUGAUGUGAAAGGUAAACUUGAACUAUCAAGACAAAAGAAGACAUGUGCUUUGAUCAUAACAUGAUGUGGUUACCCUCUUUCGAUUGCACUGAGUGGGGCGUACUUCCUGCAGAUUUUGAGUCGUUUGAGCCAGUUAUCUUUCGGGUUUUUUUUUUUUUUUUUUUUUAACCACAUGGGUUUACUCGGUUCAUAAGAUUACAGCUUAAUGUUAAAAUCAGCUUUGUCUAUGAUCUGUGACCUCAUUAUUUAUUGUUUAAUGCAUGUCUUCAUAUCCUCUCAAACUGUUUGAAAUGUGAUUGUAAUUCAAUCACUCAACUUGAUGUAAUUCUUUUAAUAUAUUACAUGUAAAAAGAGUGAAAUUUAAUGAUCAGUUUACUGAUAAUGCUGUAAAUAGAUCCUAUUUAAUGUG